AUGGCGAGCAAGGUGGUGGACCUCCGGUCGGACACGGUCACCAAGCCCUCCGAGGCCAUGCGGGCCGUCAUGGCCGCCGCCGACGUCGACGACGACGUCCUGGGCGACGACCCGACCGCGCAGCGCUUCGAGGCGGAGAUGGCCGCGAUCAUGGGCAAGGAGGCCGCGCUCUUCGUGCCGUCGGGCACUAUGGGCAACCUCAUCUCCGUCCUCGUGCACUGCGACGUCAGGGGCAGCGAGGCCAUCCUUGGCGACAACUCGCACAUCCACGUCUACGAGAACGGCGGCAUCUCCACCAUCGGCGGCGUGCACCCCAGGACCGUCAAGAACAACCCCGACGGCACCAUGGAUAUUGACAAGAUCGUUGCCGCCAUCAGGCAUCCUGAUCUUCAUUACCCGACGACCAAGCUGAUCUGCUUGGAGAACACACAUGGGAAAUGA